UCCAAAUCAUCGACCGACCAUGGAUAAUAAGGAUGGUUCCAAAUCAUCAUCAUCGGAGGAGCAGCCGCCGCCGACGUUUGGUUAUUUUUGUACGGACAAUGAGUUUGUGAAUAUGGAUAUGAAAUGUGUCUAUGAAUCUGAAUGCAUGUAUGGCUAUUUGAAAGCGACGGAUGAGCGCAUAGCAUAUGAUGAGGAGGAAGAGGUUCCAAGUCUUCGUCAUAAGGAUCCCAGAGAUAUAAGCUGUACUGGAAAAGUGACCUGCCCAAGCGACGUCGCUUUAUUGGUUAAUACAUACUGCGUUGGACGUUUCAACAUCAUGAGAACUCAUCAACAUGACGACGGCGUCGAUCUCCUUGCAAAGAAGUUGAUGGAGUUCGAUACCCAAUUUGUCCAAGAUAUGACACCCAUCCUUCUUGUUCUACUUCUCAAUGUUGCUGUGCAAUUGAGGAUCGACAGCCUCAUUAACCUGAUGCUUAAUACUAUGCAUGAAGGGGGGUUUGCUGAUGCUAUCUUGAACAUGCCUGCUAUUAAGGAUUCAAAAAUCCCAUUCUUCAAUCGAUAUAUUUUUAGUUUUGAUGCAAUUGAAAUGAGUGAGCGCGAUAGCUUCUAAAAAGCACAACCCAGAAAGCACAUUCAACUUUAAAACACAAUAUGGGCUACAGAAGAGGACAUGCGUUGCAGCCGUUGUUUGUAUAAUUAGAUGUCCGCUUCUUCUUCUAAUCGUUUUUAUUCUAACGUGGAAUUAUGUAUAUUGGAAGUAUGUUUGUUUUGAAAAUAUGUAUUUUGUGUGUGUCACUGUCAUUUCUAAACUAUGUAUGUUGGAAGUAUGUUUGUUUUGAAACUAUGUAUUUUGUGUGUGUCACUGUCAUUUCUAUCUCCUUCAAACACCGUUUAAUGAAAUUAAUGUCGUUUGCCA